AUGGCCGCACCACCUAAGACGACACUAACUGCAUUUUUCGUGCUUUGCCAAAAUGACGCAUUUGCAAAAACAUUACUUUAUGUUAACGUACCCCGCUACUAUACAUGGAAUGUGUCGUCGAAAGAAUGGAAUCGUCGAUUGCAAGGAAUACCUGUCGACGGCUGGCCAGGUGUGAAGGCAGGAGAUGCUCUUGGGCGCAUUUACACAGUGCAUGUUAGUAACUUCGAAUGUUUCUGUUUGCGAAUGCUGCUGAAUGUAGUACAGGGCCCCACUAACUUCUUGGAUCUAAAAACAGUUGACGGUCAAGAACUUGAAACUUUUCGACAAGCGUGUGAGAAGUUGGGGUUGUUGGAAGAUGACAACCACUGGGAUGCCACAAUGGAAGAGGCCGUGCUGUGUCGCUCUCCUUCACAAAUAAGAGAACUAUUUGCAAUAUUGAUAUGCACUUGCGGUUUAUCCAAUCCUCUUCAACUAUGGGAUAAGUAUAAAGCUGCGUUAUCGGAGGAUAUCUUGCAUAGAUAUGAAAGGAUAGAUCAAGUCAACAAUGAUCUAUGUUUUAAUGAAGCACUGAGUCAUAUAGAGGACAAAAUAAUAAUGAUUUCUGGUAAGAAAUUGUCCGACUUCGGUAUGCCUACACCGCAGCGUCGAGGAGAGUUGUCGACAGAUUUGAUCAGAGAGCUAAGCUACGAUACCGUCUUAUUAGACGCUCAAGUCAGCGAAACUGAACCACGCCUGCUACCCGAGCAAAAUGACAUAUAUAACAAAAUAUUACAACGUGUUGAGCUUGGCGAAGGCGGUCUUUUUUUUCUUGACGCCCCGGGCGGUACAGGUAAAACAUUUUUACUUAAUUUGAUUCUUGCAAAAAUUCGUAAGGAACGUAAUGUUGCGUUAGCGGUGACUUCCUCUGGGAUCGCUGCAACAUUGCUGAGCGGUGGACGGACAGCAAAUUCGGUUUUUAAAUUACCUCUAAAUCUGGCAAGCGAAGAAACCCCAACGUGCAACAUUAGUAAGAGCAGUGCCCGCGGCGCCCUGUUGCAACAAUGUAAGCUGAUCGUGUGGGACGAGUGCACUAUGUCACAAAAACGCGCAAUUGAGGCGCUUGAUCGCUGUCUACAAGACAUUCAAAGCAAUCGAAAGUUGAUGGGUGGUGUGGUAGUGUUACUGGCAGGGGAUUUUAGACAGACUUUACCGGUUAUCGAGAGAGGUACUGCAGCAGAUGAAAUUAACGCAUGUCUUAAAGCCUCAAAUCUUUGGUCUAAAGUUGAAAAGCUUUAUCUUACCACUAACAUGCGAGUCCAGUUAUUCAGCAAUAUCGAAUCAGAAGCAUAUGCUCAGAAACUGCUAGAAAUUGGUGAAGGCCUCCUAGACACCGACCAAUAUGGUAUGAUUCCUUUCACACAGCAAUUUUGUCAUGCUGUGGAGUCAGAAGACGAACUUAUUGAACAAGUUUUUCUGAAUAUGCAACAAAACAUUGUUGACGAAAAUUGGUUGUGUGAAAGAACCAUACUAGCACCGAAAAAUGAGACUGUUACGAAAAUAAAUAAAAAAAUCUUGGCCGAAAUAAACACCGAAACUUCAGUGUUCAAUUCUAUUGACACAGUUAUGUCAUCUGAUGACACAACAAGUUAUCCCGUAGAGUUUCUUAACUCUUUAGAGUUGUCCGGAGUACCAUCACACAAAUUGGAAUUAAAGGUAGGUGUACCUGUUUUGUUGAUGCGUAACCUGGACGCGCCAAGAUUAUGCAACGGUACUCGGUUGCGAGUUACCGAACUAGGAAGGCACAUUGUAAAGGCCACAAUUUUAACUGGAGAAGCCAAGGGAGACAAUGUUCUUAUACCGCGCAUCCCAAUCAUACCCAAUAACUUGCCAUUCAAUUUUAAACGCCUGCAGUUCCCGUUAAAAGUCGCAUUUUCAAUGACGAUCAACAAAUCGCAGGGUCAAACCUUAAAGGUAGCAGGCAUACAUUUAGGCACGCCAUGUUUUUCUCACGGUCAGCUCUAUGUGGCUUGCUCACGUGUUUCCAAAGCAAAAAAUCUGCAUGUUUAUGCUGAAGGAAAAAAAUCGUUAAAUAUAGUUUAUAAGAGCAUACUGCAGUAG